CUCUCGGGCCGGACAUCUUGACGAGAUGUCCCACCGCAAGUUCUCAGCUCCCCGUCACGGAUCCCUGGGCUUCCUGCCCCGCAAGAGAUGCCGCAGGCACAGGGGCAAGGUCAAGAGCUUCCCCAAGGAUGACCCCAGCAAGCCCAUCCACCUGACGGCGUUCCUGGGAUACAAGGCGGGAAUGACCCACAUUGUUCGUGAGGUCGACAGACCUGGGUCCAAGGUGAACAAGAAGGAGGUGGUGGAGGCGGUGACAGUUAUUGAGACGCCCCCGAUGGUGAUCGUCGGGCUCGUGGGCUACGUGGAGACCCCCCGCGGCCUCCGCACCUUCAAAACCGUCUUCGCCGAGCACAUCAGUGACGAGUGCAAGAGGCGUUUCUACAAGAACUGGUACAAGUCCAAGAAGAAGGCCUUCACCAAGUACUGUAAGAAAUGGCAGGACGAGGAGGGCAAGAAGCAGCUGGAGAAAGACUUUGCCAGCAUGAAGAAAUACUGCCAGGUCAUCCGCGUGCUCGCCCACACACAGAUGCGCCUUCUGCCCCUGCGUCAGAAGAAGUCGCACAUUAUGGAGAUCCAGGUUAAUGGAGGCACCAUCGCUGAGAAGAUCGACUGGGCCAGAGAGAAGCUGGAGCAGCAGGUGGCGGUGAACACCGUGUUCGGCCAGGACGAGAUGAUCGACGUCAUCGGAGUCACGAAGGGCCAUGGCUUCAAGGGUGUAACAAGCCGCUGGCACACCAAGAAGCUGCCCAGAAAGACACAUAAGGGCCUGCGGAAGGUGGCCUGUAUCGGUGCCUGGCAUCCCGCUCGCGUGGCCUUCUCUGUGGCCCGCGCCGGUCAGAAGGGUUACCACCACCGUACCGAGAUCAACAAGAAGGUAUACCGAGUUGGUAUGGGUUACCACAACAAGGAGGGCAAGGUGGUGAAGAACAACGCCUCCACUGAAUACGACUUGACUGACAAGAGCAUCAACCCCCUGGGUGGCUUCCCUCACUACGGUGAAGUAACCAAUGAUUUCCUGAUGAUGAAAGGCUGCGUCGUUGGCACCAAGAAGCGGGUGCUCGCUCUCCGCAAGUCUCUGCUGGUACAGUCUAGUCGACGUGCCCUGGAGAAGAUCGACCUGAAAUUCAUCGACACCUCGUCGAAGUUCGGUCACGGGCGUUUCCAGACUAUCGAAGAGAAGAAGGCGUUCAUGGGGCCACUCAAGAAGGAUCGUAUUGCCAAAGAGGAGACGGCAUAGGCUGGCAUCCAGAGCCCCCUGCCCACCUGACGAUGUUCAGCGUUGUUGUGACCAUCUUAAUAAAUUUCUUUUAAGAACUC